AUGAAAGAUGUCGAAAGGUGUUUUGGCAUCCUUCAAGCUCGGUGGUUGAUUGUUCGAGGUGCGGCCCGUAUGUUUGAUGAGGAGAUCUUCCGAAGCAUUAUGAUGACUUGCAUCAUCAUCCAUAAUAUAAUUGUGGAGGAUGAGUACAAUUAUGAUGCUGGAGAGGUCUACGAACCGGAUCCAAUGAACACGGCCUUGACCCGGAUUUAUGAAAGGCCCAUGGGGCCAAGUGGAGAACCGUUUGAGCUAGAACCGUUGGUGAGGGACGAUCGUUUCAUGACCAGGAUAAUAGAUCGAUAUAAAGAGAUGCAAUCUUCGUAUAUUCAUGAAAGGCGUCAACUUAACUUGAUAGAGCAUCUAUGGGCGGUGAGAGGGAAUGAAGAUGAAUGA